UGAGAUACAAACUGCAACUGCCAAGAAGUAAAAUAAUUCUUUGGUUAUUUAAGUGAUCGGGAAGUGUUAUUUGUUUAUAAUUAUACAUAUCUAAAUAUACUUAAAGUAAACACAACACAAAAUGACUAUUGACAAAAAGGAAUGUGUAAAAGUGAUUGUCAAAGAAGAGCCCAUAAUCAAGGGAGUCGAACUAAUGGAUAUUGGUUUCCUCGAACAACAACCGGUGAUCGUGAAUUGUCCCGCCUGCGAAGCUGAAGCGUUAAGUAUCGUACGUUUGGAGGCCAUUACUUGUCUGCAACGAUUUCUCAGCGCUACGAAGUUGUGUAAAAAUUGGCAACGCCGCACCGACAUCAAUCAUUAUUGCAGCAAAUGUGGCUGCUACAUUGGCCGUUUUGUGCCGAUAAAUUGCAGCGAACGUUGCUUAUCGCGCAGCGCACGGAAAAUGGCGGCCAACGACAGCAUGUCACUAAAGAAGCCACCGAAGGAUUGUGCGGCUGAAGUGCAAAAAAAGCGUGUAGAAGUUAAAGCGAAGCGUGCUGCAGUAAAGGCAGAGAAGGAAGCAGCCAAAACUCAGGAAGCAACAGUGGUGGAGCAAGCGGAGGCGAAGUGAUAUUCAAAACAGGGAUUUGCGACUGGAGCUGGUUGAGCGAUAAAAGGAGAACAAUGGAAGAAUUAAAUCCAUUUCUAUAAUAAAUCAUUUUUUAUUUAUUUAUAUAUUAUAUUUAUUUUAUUGAAUUAUAAAAAUAAAA